UAUUUUGCUAAGAGUCUUUGGUCCAAUUCUUUGUUUUGGCAAGACUAUCCUUCAUUCAUGGUAUCAAAGUAACUUCUCACAGAGAGAGCAUUUUUGAACGACUAUAUUAACUCGCCUGUAAAAUAUAUUCCAAACAGUUUCAAGAAGAUCGAUCAGUCAUCAGAAUCUCAAAAGAGUCUAAAAGACAAUUCAGUCAUCAAAAACUAGAGAUGGGUAUAUAUCUCAGUACUCCCAAAACUGAAAAAUUCUCUGAAGACGGUGAUAAUUCUGGGCUUAGAUAUGGUUUAUCAUCCAUGCAAGGAUGGCGUGCAACAAUGGAAGAUGCUCAUGCUGCAUUUCCUGAUUUGGAUGCUUCCACUUCAUUCUUUGGUGUUUAUGAUGGCCAUGGAGGUAAGGUUGUCUCUAAGUUCUGUGCCAAGUUUCUUCAUCAGCAAAUGCUCAAACAAGAAGCAUAUUCAGCUGGAGAUAUAGGAACCUCAGUUCAGAAAGCCUUCCUCAGAAUGGAUGAAAUGAUGCGUGGACAAAGAGGUUGGAGGGAGCUAGCUGUUUUGGGAGAUAAGAUAAACAAGUUUACUGGUAUGAUAGAGGGUUUGAUAUGGUCUCCAAGGGCUGGUGAGGGGAAUGACCAAGUUGAUGACUGGGCUUUUGAGGAGGGGCCUCACUCUGAUUUUUCUGGACCAACCUCUGGGAGUACUGCCUGUGUUGCAGUUAUUAGAAACAACCAACUGGUUGUUGCAAAUGCUGGUGAUUCUCGCUGUGUAAUAUCCAGGAAUGGUCAGGCAUACAACCUUUCCAGAGAUCACAAGCCUGACCUCGAGGCUGAGAGAGAGAGGAUCUUAAAAGCUGGCGGUUUUAUACAUGCAGGACGAGUCAAUGGCAGUCUUAAUCUUGCAAGAGCUAUUGGUGACAUGGAAUUUAAGCAGAAUAAGUUUUUACCUGCUGAGAAGCAAAUUAUAACUGCCAAUCCAGAUAUAAAUACUGUUGAGCUGUGCAAUGAUGAUGAUUUUGUUGUGCUGGCAUGCGAUGGCAUCUGUUCUUUGUCAUUCCUGGGAAAAUUCAUUACAGCUGUAUAUUCACUAAGGGAAACAUCGAAGGCUCCAUUUUCAUUCCUUUUGUGUAUUUAUGGAUGGAGUCUUCCAAGUCCCAGGGCAACUACUUCUUGCAAAUAAACUUGGAGGUCGGGUAUGUCUGAAUUUACAAGGUCUACUACUUCUAGCUCUCCAGAUUGACAUUCUCAGUAGGGUAAUGGCCAUUAAAAUUUCCCUAGGUAAUUUUUCUUGCGUUAUCACAUCCACUUUCAAAAUAGUAUGUAUAUGGGAAAGGUCACGAGCGUCGUAAUAUUAAGUGUGUCUAGGACUCUAGAUAUGGUAGCUGUCACCGAGAAUGAAAUGGAUGAAAAUACUUAAAGUUUCAUUUUUUCAAUCAUAAACCCAAUGGUUGACAGCACUUAAUUGGUGUAGUUUCAGAAUACGUACUGGACACAUGUAUUUAGUGGCCCCUUUUAUGUGACAAUUGCUUUCUUUAAUCUUCCUUGGUUGAUGUUUAUUGAGCAGAGCUAUAUUUUGGCAAUACCAGAACUGGGUUUUUUAGAAACCUUAAUGAUGCCCUGACUUUUUUGGAUUUCCUUUUCUCAGAGAAGCCUUGGAUCUUUAAUUUCAGACCUGCAGACAUUCUAGAGAUGCUUUUAUGAAUCCUUAAUAUACAAUUUUGAAUUCUUAGAAUUCUUCCUACAACCGAAGUUCCAUAAAUUAUUUUCUUUUAAAAUUUUAUAUCAGCUAAAUUAUGGGUACUGGGUUUCAAUAUCUAAUAAUUGGAUGGCUGCUGUUUG